CAGUGUGACUGUGGGGCUCGGCACCCAGCUGGCUGCCUGCUUCUCCAGGAGUGUCACUGACAGCCAUGCAGCUGUCUGUCUGUCUGUCUGUCCACCCCUGGAGCAGCUGACUGAUUCCUGACUCACAGCCUCCUUCUCUCUGGCUGCCCUGGGGCCCAGCUGCCACCCUCUGUGUGGGACACCUGCCCAGAAACCCAGCCAUCUGCCAGCCUGCCCAAGGUGACUGGUUGGUGACUAAGGCACGUUGUGGAUUCUCAACCCAGACCUCUGCCCGCUUUCUCAGACCUGCAACUCCCACCCCCAAGCCCAGCCCAGCUGUCAUCCCCGGGGGGCCGGGGGGCCAUCAGAGUGCUCCAAGCCUGCGGAAUGGAUUCCUGAGGAGGUCCCCAAGGCAGCAGGCUCGGGGACCCAGCAUGCAGCGUGGCUGGGCAGCACCCGUGUUCCUGCUCGUGCUCCAGGGUGGCUGGGGCUGCCCAGACCUCUCCUGCUACACCGAUUACCUCUGGACGGUCACCUGUGUCCUGGAAACGUGGACCCCCCACCCCCGCACACUCACCCUCACCUGGCAAGACCAGCAUGAAGAACUGGAGGACGAGGUCAUCUCCUGCAGCCUCCACAGGUCCAGCCACAACGCCACCCACGCCCGGUACACAUGUCACAUGGAUGUGUUCCCCUUCAUGGCUGACGACAUUUUUAGUAUCAACAUGACGGACCAGUCUGGUGACUCCCAGGAGUGUGGCAGCUUUAUGCUGGCUGAGAGCAUCAAACCAGCUCCACCUUACAAUGUGACCGUGACCUUCUCGGGACACUAUAACGUCUCCUGGCGCUCUGAUUACGAGGACCCUGCCUUCUAUGCACUGAGAGGCAAGCUGUGGUACCAGCUGCAGUACCGGGACCUCGGAGACCCCUGGGCACUGAGUCCAGUGACAAAGCUGAUCUCAGUGGACUCCAGAAGUGUCUCCCUUCUCCCUGGGGAGUUUCACAAAGGCUCGACCUACACACUACAGGUGCGGGCAGGGCCCCAGCCUGGCACCUCCUUCCGGGGGACCUGGAGCGAGUGGAGUGAACCAGUCACCUUCCAGACUCAGGUGGAAGAGCCCAAGGCAGGCUGGGAUCCCCUUCUGCUGCUGUUGCCUUUGGUCUUCGUGAUGCCCAUCCUUAUUAUCUUCCUGGGCCUGAAGAUCCACCUGCCUUGGAGGCUGUGGAAGAGACUGUGGGCACCAGUGCCCAGCCCAGAGCGCUUCUUCCAGUCACUGUACGAGGGCCAUGGUGGGGACUUCAAGAAGUGGGUCGGAGCCCCCUUCAGUGCCUCCAGCCUGGAUCUGGGGCCUGGGAGCCCAGCCGUAGCCUUGGCCCUACAGACGUAUGACUGCCCUCCAUUGAAGGCUCCAGCCAAGGGGCUGCCAGAGCCAGCGGACCUGCUGGAGAGUGACGGGGCACCGGAGCCAGGCUCCUGGGGCCUAGCCCCAUCUGCAGCUGGCAGCCUAGGGGGCUCAGCCUCCUACAGUGAGGAGAAGGACCGGCCGUAUGGCAUGGUCUCCAUCGACACAGUGACCGUAAAGGACGCAGAGGGACCAUGUGCCUGUCCUUGCACCUGUGGGGAUGACGGCUACCCAGCCCUGAACCUAGAUGCUAGCCUGGAGCCUGGCCCUGGCCCAGAGGCCCUGCUCUUGGGCACAGGGCCCACAUUCCUCUCCUGCGGCUGUGUCUCGGCAGGUGGCCCCAGGCUGGAUGGCCUCCUGAAGUUGCCUCUUGCUGAGGAUGAGGACUGGGCCUCGAGGCCGCCUUGGGCAGGUGGGCCCUCAGCUGGGGUCUCUGAGAGCGAGGCGGGCUCUCCCCCAGCAGGCCUGGACAUGGACACCUUUGACAGUGGCUUUGCGGGCUCGGACUGUGGUAGCCCUGUGGAAUGUGACUUUGCAGGCACUUCAGAUGAAGGGCCCCCAAGAAGCUACAUCCGCCAGUGGGUGCUCAGGCCACCCCCACCUGCAGGCCUAGGGCCCCAGGCCAGCUAGCAAGGCUGAUGGCUGUCCAGAGCUGGCCACGUCACUGGGCCACUAGCCAGAGACAGUCACCUGGCUGUGAUGUGAAGAAGCCAUGAUGUUGGGUCUCUUGCUUGGUCUCUGAGUCUGAUGUUUACAGUGUGUCUGUGUGUGUGGCUUGGGUGUGUGCUGACAUGCCCACGCACACCAGCAAUACGUGUGCCCAUGGACGGGGAGCGUGGCCACGCACUGCUGUGCUGUGUCUGCCUGCAUCAGCUCCUCCUGUGCACGAGUGUGAGCAGCAAGGGUGACUGUCGGACAAGAUCACAGCUCCCUCCCUUGAGGGCACAUGGCGGAGGGUGGGGACAGCUGUGGGCCACUUUAGGGGAGGCUGGGCCAGGCUGUUGCAGACAGGGCAUUGCCCAUGGCAGAUACCAAGCCCGGUCCCCCAGGAGCCAAAGAAGUCUAGACAGUUCCUGCCACCUCUCAUCAAGAAGGGGACAGGGCAGAGUGAGCCCACAGUGACCCUACAGGUGGGAAGAUUUGGGGGGCCCAGGGACAUAGGUCUGUCUGAGUCCCAGCUCUAAGUCUAUGCAACCUGAGACAAGUCACAUCCAGUCCCUGCGCCAGCUUCCUUGUCUGGACAGUGGGGAUGGCAUAGUCUGACCCAGGAACUCAGCAAGUCAACUUCUCACAGUGUGCCACCCCCAGUGGCUCCUCCAUGAACACCAGCUUUCUGCCUUCUGUAGCCUUCCAGGACAGAGGUGCACGUGGGAGGUGGCAGGGGGAGAAAACAGCCCACACCAGCAGCCUGGGCACCUAGAGGGUGUCCCCGCUGUGGAGGGACACUUGGGGGUUUCCAGCCUUCAAACCACUCAGCCUUGUCUCCCAGAAACAGCCCCCACCAGCCGAGGUUUCUUUUUCUGGCUUCUGCUCUCUACCCAAAAAAUAUUUAUCAAGCAACCAAGCAUAAGUCAGGCAUCGGGGAUAUUUUAGUGGAGCUCCGUGUCCUCCACUGGGACUCCUCUGGGAGUCACGGUGGACAGAAGACACCUAGAGGAAGGGACAGGAACAAACCCCAACACUCCAGCGCUCUCCCACCCCUGCACCCCAUUCACUCCUGGCUUCUUCUUUAUUCAUCCUGGGAACGUGGGGAGUCAGGAUGCUCCCCAGAACGUCUUGGGACCUGUGGAAAUGUGAACCAUGGAGCUAAGUACACGCUUCUUCUUCAGGCAGUGCCCUGCGGAACACCAGCUUGGUACAAGAGUAGCUGUACUGCCAAGCAAGGUAGAGGUAGCAGCCUGAUCAGCCCAGGAGGCUGUGGGUUCCCUGGCCGGGACCCAUCUGGGCCCAGUGUCCUCCCCGGCACUCUCCUGUCUUUGUUCCAGGCAGCAUAGGGCUGGGAGUUUCCCCAGAACACCUCUGGAGAGCAGAGAGACUUUGCUGAGGGAAUGUGUGAGCUGGAACGUUCUAGAACACUGGUGGUUUUUAGUAGCGGGGCUGUGUGCCUAAGAUCAGGGUGUGUGAGGCUCUGAGGGGCACAAGAGACAGAAACCACAGCUCCUGCAAGUGUGGGCAGCACACCCCCACCUGCACCCCAGAGACACUUGGGCCCAGGUGUCUGUGUGUGGUUUUCACACCUUCUUGGGGUGGAAGCCACCUGCUGGUGUCACCUGAGCUGAGGGCUCCCCAGAAAACCAGCUCAGCUCUCCAGCACAUAGACAUACACCGGGGUAUGGAGAGGAGGGAAGCUUGGGACAGAGGCCAGGCCGGGGGUCUGGUUUAGGGCAAGCAUGACAGCUUGCCAGCUCUGUCUUUGAGGGGGAUGUAGCUCAUGAACGUGGGUGCCAAAAGUUGGACCAUCUAGCUGGUUGGAGGGAGGGUGGACAAGUAGAGGGAUGCAAGGAUGGCGAGAAGCAUGAAGGAAGAACAGCCGGCUGGGUGGAGGGACAGCUGGACAGGUGUCAGGCAGAGGUGGCAGAUGGCCCAAGUGAGCUCCACAGGGCGACAGCUUUUCUUGUCACCGCUUAAUUCCCAGUCGGCACACAGUAGGCACUUAAUAAAGCCUGGUUUGU